AGCUGUAGUAGCUCAUCUCUUUGUGAAGAUGUAAAAAUAGCUCCCAUGGAACAGGAUCAGGUGACGUAUGAGGAUGUUGCUGUCGGCUUCAGCGAGGAGGAGUGGGCCCUGCUGGAUCUGGAUCAACGGACUCUGCAAAGAGAGGUUAUGGAAGAGAAUUAUGAGCUGGUGGCUUCUUUCAGUGAUGAUGACCAGAGGAGUGAAAAUGGGGGAGAGCCAAGGAAACAGUGGCCGAAGACAACUAAAUAUAAAGAGGGAGAGGAGCAGAGCAUGAGAAUGGAAGCACAACAAAGCAGAAGGAAUCAAUGCCCUGACAACUCUUAUGAUAUUCCAGUCCAAGAAAAAAUAGAUGAAAGCAGAGAGAUUCUAAAGUGCCUUAUCGGUGAGGAAUGCUUUCACCAGGCAUCAGGCCCAAAUGAUAAUAUCACAAACUACAUCGAGAAAGGGCAAUAUAAAUACCACCAAUUGGGAGAGAGGUUUGGAUGUAGUACAUACCUUACUAGCUGUGGAAAAAAACUUACAGAAGAGAAACCGUAUGUAUGUCUAGAAUGUGGGAAAAGAUUCUGUUACAAAGGAGGCCUUAGUAGACACGAAAAAAGCCACACAGGGGAGAAACUGACCAUCAAGGCUGGCCUGGGGACGGAGUCGAGGUGUGGCAUCCACAUGACGCAUGCCCUGACUCUGCCCCAGGCUGGCGUGACCUUUGAGGACGUGGCUGUCUGUUUCAGUGAGGAGGAGUGGGCCAUGUUGGAGCUGGAUCAGCGAACUCUGCACAGAGAGGUCAUGGAAGAGAAUUAUAAGAUGGUGGCUUCAUUCAGUGAUGAUGUACAGGAGAGUGAAAAUGGGGGAGCACCAUGGAAAGGGUGGCUCAAGACAACUAGAUAUGAAGAGGGAAAAGAGCAGAGCAUGAGAAUGGAAGCAGAACAAAACAGAAGGAACCAGUGCCCUGCUGACUCCUGUGAUAUUCCAGUCCAAGGAAAAACAGAUGAAAACAGGGAGAUUGAGAAGUGUUUUAUCAGUGAAAAAUGCUUCCACCAGGCAUCAGGCCUGAAUGAUAAUAUCACAAACUAUAUAGAGAAAGGACAACAUAAAUCACAUCAAUUGGAAGAAAGCUUUGGAUGUAGUACACACCUUACUAGCCAUGGAAAAGAACAUAUGGAAGAGAAAACGUUUGCAUGCCUAGAAUGUGGAAAAAGCUGUCAGAAAGGAGGUCUCAGUAGACAUCAAAAAACCCUCAUGGGAGAGAAGCCAUAUAAAUGCCUGCAGUGUGGAAAAGGCUUUGCUGAAAAGAGCAGCCUCAUUGGGCAUGAAAUGAAUCACAGAGGAGUGAAACCCUUUAAAUGCCUGGAGUGUGGGAAAGGCUUUGUUGAAAAGAGAACUCUCGCUGAGCAUGAAAUGAAUCACAGUACAAUAGUGAGACCCUAUACAUGCCUGGAGUGUGGAAAAGUCUAUGCUACCAAAAGAAAUCUAAUUUGGCAUCAAAAGACCCACAAAAGAGAGAAAAACUAUAAAUGCCUAGAAUGUGGAAAGAGAUUUAGCUACAAAUUAGUCCUCAAAAAACAUCAACAUAUUCAUAGAGAAGACAAACCUUAUACGUGGCUGGACUGUGGGAACAAAUUUAGAAACACAUCAACCCUGAAAAGUCAUCAGAAUAGUCACACAGAAGAGAAAUCGUACACAUGCCUCGAAUGUGGAAAAAUAUUCAGUCAGAAAAGAGACCUCAGUAGACACCAAAACAACCAUAUGGCAGAGAAGCCAUACAAAUGUCUGGAGUGUGGGAAAGGCUUUAUUGACAAGAGAAGUUUCAUUUGGCAUGAAAUGAAUCACAGAGGUGAAAAACAGUAUAAAUGCCAAGAGUGUGGAAAAGAAUUUAAUGAAAAGAGAACUCUAAUUCGGCAUGAAAUGAACCACAGAAAAGAGAAAACCUACAAAUGCCAGGAAUGUGGAAAGAGUUUUAGCCGCAAGCAAUCCCUCACAAACCACCAGCGUACUCAUACAAAAGAGAAACCAUGCACAUGUCUGGAAUGUGGGAAAAGGUUCCAUCAGGAAAAUGACCUGUAUGCACACCGAAAAAUUCACAUGAAAGAGAAGCCAUAG